UGUGGGUGUGUGUGUGUGCGCGCGUGUAGUAGAGGAGGCUCGUCUUCUUGUACACAGAGGAUGGACUCCACUGCACGGACACACUAACGGACUCUUUGUACACAUACUGAAACGCACAUUGGGGAUGUACAAGGUGUUUCAGUCAAUCUUUCGAUACGUUUCUCUGGGAAGACAAACAAACGUGAAGACCUGAGCAGAGACGGAGAGUCUUUCUUUCUUUUUUCACUGCAGCUCCUGUACGAUCCAAAAUGACUUUAAACGGCCGCUGGUCGGAGCUUAGUACUGAGCCUUAGAAGAGCACUAUGAGGAGAUGACAACAAGCAGCCCUUAAUCCAGAAAGGAUUCCUCUUCUCUGCGCUUAGAGUCUGCUAACCGUGUGUAAGGACCUCUGGGAGUACAAGAAUCAAGUCAAGGACACGUUCACCCCCCCUCCGCCUGCAGGAAGAUGGGAGUGAGAAAAUAAAGCUCUGCAGAUUCAAGAGGAGCUUAAUGAAGUCUAAGGAAUCUUAAAACAAACAUUGUGCAUUUGUGUUUGUCUGUGUGAGAGGAUCAGGCAACCAUGUGGACAUCAGCUGCUACUGUCCACUGUCUUCUAGCUGCUGCACUGCUAUUGGCCAGCUGUCUGCAGUCACUGACGGCCACUGAGGAGGAUGUCACACCACGCAUCAGUUUCCCUUACAAUGCAAAGGAAAGGUCGGCCAAGAGAUUCUCUGCGGACGGUGUCUACAAUUACACGUCUCUGCUGCUUAGCCAGGAGGACGACAUGCUGUACGUCGGAGCCCGGGAGGCGCUGUUUGCCCUUAGCCUCUCGGACAUCAGCAAGAACAAGCUGCAGAAGAAUCUGACGUGGGGCACUCCUGCAGGAAAAAGAGAAGAAUGCAGCUUCAAAGGGAAGAACCUGGAGACUGAUUGCUUCAAUUACAUCAAAAUUCUCCUGCGGCUGAACAGCACUCAUCUCUAUGUGUGUGGGACCUAUGCCUUCAGUCCUAUUUGUGCCUACAUAAACACAUCAACGUUCACACUGGAGAAAGAUGAAGUGGGCGAGGUCGUGAUGGAGGACGGGCGCAGCCGCUGCCCCUUUAAUCCGGAGUACAAAUCCACUGCCAUCAUCGUUGAUGGUGAAUUGUACACGGGUACUGUCAGCAACUUCCAAGGGAAUGAACCUGUAAUUUACAAGAGUUUGGGUCAGGGAACUGCUCUAAAGACAGAAAACUCUUUGAAGUGGCUGCAAGAUCCUGUCUUUGUCGGCUCGGCUUACAUCGAGGAGAGUCAGCCAAUAGGAAACCCCGUGGGAGACGACGACAAGAUUUACUUCUUCUUUAGCGAGGCGGGAAAAGAAUUUGACUUCUUUGACAACACCAUUGUGUCGAGGAUUGCUCGCGUGUGUAAGGGGGAUAAAGGUGGUGAGCGGGUGCUGCAGAAGAAAUGGACCACCUUCCUGAAGGCCCAGCUGCUCUGUUCCCUCCCCGAUGAUGGCUUCCCCUUUAAUAUCAUCCAGGACAUGUUUGUCCUGAAGCCCAUGGGAGACAGCUGGGAAAGCACUGUCUUCUAUGGUGUCUUCACCUCGCAGUGGUAUAAAGGAGCAUCAGGCAGCUCAGCGGUGUGUGCGUUCACCAUGGCUCAGGUGGAAAGAGCCUUCAGCGGGCGCUACAGAGAGGUCAACAGAGAGACACAGCAGUGGUACACCUACAACCACCCAGUGCCGGAACCUCGGCCCGGGGCGUGUGUGACCAACCACGCCAGGCAAAUGGAGAUCCAGUCGUCCCUGCACAUGCCUGAUAAAGUGCUCAACUUUGUCAAGGACCAUUUCCUGAUGGACAGUGUGAUCCGCAGCUCCCCCUUGUUACUGAAACGCAGUGUGCGCUACACACAGAUCGCUGUGCACAAGAUCGAAGGCAUGGAGAGGGCCUAUGAUGUGCUCUUCAUUGGAACAGAUGAUGGAAAACUCCAUAAAGCCAUCAAUGCCAACGAUAAGAUGCACAUCAUAGAGGAGAUGAUUCUGUUUCCUGAGCCUCAGCCUGUGCAGCACAUUGAACUGGAUCCUCAGAGGGGUCUGUUGUUCGUGUCGUCUAACUCCGGCCUGGUGGAGGUUCCUGUGGCUAACUGCUCUAACUACCUGAGCUGUGGAGAGUGUGUGCUGUCCAGAGACCCCUACUGCGCCUGGACUGGGCGGCUGUGUCGGGAUGUCAGGAUGGCUCCACCCGACAGUCAUUGGCAGCAGGAUGUGGAGGAGGCUGAUACAUCAGCCAUUUGUAACAGGACGUUUCCCAGCAGCAGAUCUGCCAGACCAACAGCUUCUGGUGGCUCCCAUUGCAAGCUCAUAACAAUUCCAGCCAGCACGUUCAGAGUGCUGCCCUGUAAGCUGCGCUCCAACCUGGCUCAGAGGAGGUGGCAUUACAGCGACAGUGCCAGCCAGUUCCUCUACGCUACACCCGAGGGGAACCUGGUCGUCGUGGCCCAGGUCGACAAAAUAGAGACCUACGAGUGCUGGUCAGAGGAGGAGGGGUUUCGUCAGCUGUUAGCCAACUACUGUGUGAGGGCGGAGCCGCGGCAAGAAAGCACCACUAUGAUUGGUCACUCUCGCACGCCGCACAUUAAGCGGGAGGAGACCAUCAUUCUGCCAGGAGAGUCCCGUUCUGAGCAGGUGAACACGAAGACGUACUGGAACGAGCUGAUCGUGGUGUGCGCUCUGCUGGCGUUCUCCCUCGUGGUGUUCUCCCUGUUUGUCAUCUACAGGAACAGAGAUCACAUGAAGUCCAUGCUGAAGCAUAACGAGUGCCCCAACAUGCAGCAGAAGAAGCCGAGGAUUGUGGGAAAGCCUGCUGAGAGCUUACCCCUAAAUGGAAACACAAUCCCAGUUUCCACGUCCGAUCACAAGGGCUACCAGACGCUAAACGACAACUACAUCUGCAGCACGCCCACACACGAGUCCUCACCAGACAACAGCAAGAGCUUCUCCGAGGCCUCAGACAAACGGCCGCUCAACCUGAAGGAGAGCCACGUUGAAUACUCGCCAACGUGCCCGCGGCCCAGAGUGAGGCUCGGCUCAGAGAUCAAAGACUCUAUCGUAUGAGAGCACAACGUACGCUACAAAAGAUGCCACCCUGUAUUUCCAUGAAGGAUACAGGCCACAGAGCGAAGGAGAGGAAAACCCCGACUCCUCUACAUCACAGCACACCUUUUAUUUUAGUCAUCUUUGUUCUGUGAUCAGUGCGGAGGUCAUUUCAUUUAACCAUUUCCACUCCGAGAGCCAGAGGAUGGUCUGGUCUGCCGCAUAAGGCAGAAAGAAGAUGCAGCACAACACUCCAGUUACAACCAGGAUCGCGACUCGAGGCCGCUGCAAUGAAAAGUGCUAACCUGGUCUUUGUUUGAGUCGCUCUAACAGGCCACAGAUGUGCAGCUGAACCGUAUGGGGAGAAAAUUACCACAGUAAAUCGAAUAUCUUCUGAUAUCAGUAUUCAUCAAAGUACCCUUUAUGUGUGCAAGGUCCAACAUCUCCAUCACAUAAUAUGAACAACUGUGGACAAUAUAUUAAAAGUACUGAUGUGCAGCCCGGCACCUUUUCGAGUACGUGUGACGCGCACAUGCUCUGCAGAAGAUGGCUUCCACAUAGUCUGCACUUCUGUUAUUAUGCACACUAUAACCAAGCUACAGCUACAUGGCGACCAAGAGUUCAGGUUUAGGAUAGUAUAAUAUUGACUGUUCAUUAUGAUCCACACAUCAUGGGAGAAAGUCAGACUGUACAAAAGAUGAGGCGGACCAGAAGAAACGGCACAUGUUGGUUAAAUAAGACCUCUCAGCGCUGUUGAAACAAACGCUAAAGGACUGCAAAAAGAAGGAUCAAUAAAUGUGAUCUUAAGGAAAGCUCCAGAGGCCUGGAAACUGACAGUUUGCUCCUGAAUGUAUGUAUGUUGUUCAAAGGCGGCCUGUAUCAUUCACACGUGAGCGCACCAUGUAAGAUUUAGGAAACCAUUACGUCUUGGCUCACCUCAGACAGCCUGUCCUUCAGCACUGAGCGGCAGGUAUCGUGGUGGACUCUGAAAUGGCAAAGAUACCCCGUUUAUGAUGUGAAUAUGGAAAAGAGAUGACAUUUUGUCGAUGUCCACUUCUCUUCAACUUUCAGGGCAGCACCAGAAUCAUCAUGUGCACUGUGCCAAAAGAUCCAAAAUAACUUGAUUGUCUUACCUAAAUGCAAUAGUGCCAUCCCGUCAUGACCACUUCCAUUUUUUGUGUUGCAUUGAUCACUGUUAAAGAGCACAUGGUGAUGGAACCGGAGUUUGGUUUCACUAACAGUAAAGAGGCACUAAUAAUAAACAAAUGUGAAGUGCAAAGAUGGGAGAUUCUUCUAAGACUGUUAUCUCAUAAUGAACAUUUUUCUAAAGACUGCAUCGGGUAAAAUCAUUGACUUUUAUGUCAAAUCUGAACUGGGGCCAUGAAGAGGACUUCAUAUGAAAACGUGUCUUGUGGUUGUGAGGGUAAAAAAAGAAAGAAAAGAAAAUCCCAGUUUGUUUGUCUGCUGCCCUUAAAGGAUUUCUCUGCCGCUAAGCAUACAGGUACAAGUAGUUUAAAGCUUUUGUGUUAACAGUACAAACUUUGGGUUAUUAAAUGGUAAAAACAAAAUGACACUAAUAAUAUGUCACUGUAGUGAGGAGAUAAUAUCUAGUAGUCUCUUGCCCAGAUUGCAGCUGCACUAUGUAGUGAUGUAGCUGCACAGAUUAGAGCUUUAUAGCUCAGUAUAACGCCCACCAGGUUCCAUUUCUUACAUUCAUGGCAUUCACUAAACUCAGAUGUCAAGGAGACGUUAAUGUGAAAGCACAAGUAAUCAGGGUCGUGAAUACUUACAGGUUUGCACAUGUCAGUAAAAAUGGAGCGAAUUCAAAGAAAUGCAACUACUGAGAGACACAAGGUGUGGCUGCUUUGAAGCAAUCAGUAAUCACAGGGACCAGUGCAGCCAUUACAAACACGAUUGCACCCGCACCGCUUCGACUUUGAGACUUAACGAGCUGAAUUUUCCAAAGAUGUAGGAAGCUGACAGUGUUGUGUAAAUCUAAAUGAGAACCAUUUACACGGUCAUAGGGACAUUAUGGCACCACAUGUCUUAGAAUACAUCACCAAUUCAAUGUAUUGAUCAAGUGAGCCUAAAGAAUAUAUUCCAGUGUCAUACAGAAUCGACAUUUUGCUAUUUCGAACACUGAGCAGAUGAUGAAAUGCUAUGUUACUGCUACGAGUUGACAAAGUCAUUGCACAGCAUACUGCGCAACAGUGGUCAGUGUUUCAGUUUUUCUUAAGUUUUUGUUAUGUAUAUAAAGUAUCUGUGGUUAAUAUUGAGUGUUUUUAAGGGACCUUGUGCAAGAUGUGUUGUAGAGGUAGUCUUGAAACUAGAGAGUGAACACUGCUGAUAUUUUUUUUUCAUAGUCCUUUACUGCCUAAUUCAGCAUACAUUUCAACUCUUGCACAGAAAAGUGCACAUUUCUCCAGUUGGUUUCUAACAAGCAUGUCAAAGCAGGGGUGCUAUAUGGUUUAUUUUUAUGCUAUUCUGAAUUAGAUGUAGUAAGGUUUUGUAGGAAAUUGGCAUAUUCACUUCACCUUCAAGAGUUGGAUGAGAAGACAGAUACAACUUUCAAGUAUGCAUGUUAAAUAUCAAAUUGUCAAAUUGUAGCCACAGGUUAGCUUAGCUUAGCUUAAAGACAGGAAACCGUUUGCCUGGCUAUGGCCAAAUGUCGCAAAACUCAUGCAGCCACAGGCUGGAUUACUGUCACUUGAAGGUUGCAAGGAAACCAGAAGACAUCCAAAAAGUCACUACUCCUGGCCUAGAAAUAAUCCCUCACAUAACCUUCUUUAUUGUUAUUUGUAGGUAGUUAAAACUACAACGUAAAAACCUUUUUAUUAGAGAGCUUUAAAGUGCUGGUGGUCAGAUUUCUUAUUUUUGGAAAAAAUCAGGCAAACCUUUUUGUCUUUAUGGCCUUCUGCUAAGCCAACUGUUUGUUGACCUAAGCUUCAUGUUUUGCAGACGUGAGCGAGGGACUCAUUUUAUCAUCCAACUCUCUGAAAAAAAAGACAAGUACAUUUCCCAAAAGCUCGAUCCUAUUCCUUGAGUCUUUUUGGUUGCUUGCAAUACAAUCUUACAGAAUAAACCGAAGUAUAACAGAUCAAAAACACAAAUAAAUGACGGAUUGUAAAAGCUUAGGUGGGGAGCAGCCCAGCUAUGACACAUAUUCUAAAAUAUAAAAUGUCUCUCUGGUGGCCGAUUGCCCUGCUUUGAGAUGCUUGAGAUAACCUCACAACAUGUUUUUUAAAAUGCCUUUAGAUGUCAAGUUGAUCUGCCUUCAGCCAUUUGCCACAUCGUACACUAACCCAGCAGUGACCUCACCAACAAAAAAAAAAUGGUGGAUGGCGUGAUUGUAGCCCUUCCUUCAUGGGCACACUUAACUCCACAACACAACACGGGUCAACAGUAGAUUUACAGACUCUCACAAGUCGCUAUAAACUUUACCUGCAAACCAUAACACUGGGAGCUGCUCAAAAUCUUGUGCCAUUCUGCUGUCUUUGCUUGUGUCAGUGUGUAACUGUGCACAUCGGAAAACAUCCAGCUGAGCAUUCAAUAUUUAAGAGUAAUACCAAUCUCCUAAAGAAAAGUGGAACAUUGGAUUCCCUUUUGAACUUUUAAUGUUUCCUUAAGCCAAAAAAGGUAGAUACUCUGUGUAACUGUGUAUUUAUUAAUGGUGUGCUUAUCUGAAAAAGUAAUACCAGUGAUUGAUGCUUCAUUUUGAGUGGCUCCUCAGUAAUGCAACAUACUGUACUGGACAUGAAUGUAGCCACUAUAUCAUAUUUUGUAGAACAUCUGCAGCAGUCUAUUUUCCUAAAACAGCUUAAGUAGGCAAAACACUGCUACGGCGUUUCAGGAUUUCGUUUAAACGAUCAUACUACACAGACAUGGCACAAUAGAAGUAAUGAAUCGUGUGUGCUGCACGGUGUAGUGCUACAGUGAGGCGCCAGCACGGCUCCAAAUUGUCCACAUCUACUCGACCAUGAGACUCAGCAACAGCUUUGCCUCAGCAUACGGAACAGCAUACGCUUAGACGACUGAAUAACUAUUAGACAAAUGUGGUCUUGCCUGCAUGAUUUCCUUUUUUUUAUUUGUUGUGUACAAAUAACAUUGUGAACUGUAUUUUUUGUAUCAUUGAGAUUGUGACUGUUGUUUUUAUUAUAUUGUACAUAAAAAGCACUUUAUUUUAAUUUUUUUAAGAUAAAUGAAUAAAAUACAUGUUUUGACACA